UAACCGCCAAAUUAAAGUUAACGUUCCCCGCGUGUGAAAAAUCAAUUAUUUUCUAAUUUAAGAGUAUUAUUAAACAUUAUUUAGUACAAUAUUUAGUCAAAAGAUAGGUAGGAACAUUUUUAAUUAACAAAUAUUAAGAAUUAUUAAGUUCAGUUCAGUAUUUUGCUCAAAAAAGUGAAAAGUGUAUAGUGUACAUGAUUUUGUGAUUUGAUGGUUAAUGAAAGAUAUCAACGUUUCUAAAAUGAAUUUCAAUCGAUUAGUGACCUGUAAAAAUUUUCUAAUUCAAGAUUAUAGAUUGAUAAAAUUGAAAUUAAAAUUUUUGAAAGUUGUCGCGAUGAGAUCACCCCCACCUAACCUAACUCUCCGUCGAUUUCUCCCCACUUCUACUAGGGUGACGUGCACCCCUCUCUAUUCCCCGUAGAUGAUGUUAGUCACCUCAAGGACGUUUACUGUAAUUGGGAUAGGUCGGCUGGUUGUUCUGUUGUUCAGAACGAACAAAAUGUGACAGAAGACUAGACAAGAAAUAUAACCAUAGCCCGCGCCGGUGUGUUUUCAAGAUGGCGGCGCUCCCAUUUACAUAGUCUUAUUAUAUUUUCUCAAGUUAAAUUUCUGUGUCUUUGAAUAAUAUGUUUGUGAUUCUUAGUAUUGUGUCGGGCCACGGUAGAAAAAGCAAUUGCCGAUUCGUAAACGUUUCUGUGAAACUUUAAUAAAAAAAAGAGAAAAAAAAAGUUCGACACUAGCGCCAGAAAUAUCCUGGAAAUCAUGACAUUCCACCUCCUCACCAUCGUCGCCUUUGUUCGGACUUUACCUCUGUUAAGGUACUACCAGCGGUCACACAGGUAAAAAUCAGUGUCGAUGGGGCAAAAACGAAGUCUUGAUGAGUCUUCCCUAAAUUCCCAGGAUUGAAACACACGAAACGAUCGCCGUCCGUCUUCAUUUUGCGUUAUAUUUCGUAGUGAAGGCAAAAAAAAAGUGAGGUUACAUUUUCUCACCGUCGCGAUUUUUAUUAUUUUAAUAAAAUGUAAUUUCCACCUGUCAGUAAUAUCAAAAAAGUGCUAAAAUGUUUAAAAUAAUACAAAGUCGCUAUUUAAUUGCCUUUAAAACUGUGAAUUAAAGUGAAGUUUUAUUGGGAGUUCAACUCUGAUAAAGUAUGCUCCAAAGUGUGAAUUUAAGCAAAAAACAAUUUUGGUGGAAAAACUUGUGUUGAAACGAAUUUAUAAAUGUGUUGGAAAUUUAUUUUUAAUUAUCGUGAGUGAAAGUUUUCUCCGUUUUUUGGAUUUUCCAAGAGAACCAUCUUUAUUAUCAACCUAAUGGAUGUAAGCAACGGAUCUGGAUAAAUCUCUUAACGAAACUGUUGACAAAAGUGAGAAAAAUUAAGAAGGAGGAAGUGUUGGACUAAAAAGAGAAUCUUUGGGGGAGGAUGCUCGGCAGCUGGGUUUGGGAAGAAGAAGAAGAAGAAGAAGAAUUGGAGCUGGGAGAGGGAACAACCGUUUUGCAAGAUAAGCCAAGAAGUGUGAGCCCUGACACAACACAUCCCGUCCCCGACAGCCGGGUGCUAAGGUAUGCACCCAGCCGUUGCCAUCAUCCUCCCACCUUCAACUUACCGCACUCCGGUCUACAGCCUCCUCUCAUCUAUAUCGAUUAGCAGUGUGAGGCGGGCAAAAUGCUGACUGCGCAUCCUGAGAUGCAUGAGAAGAGGGAUAUUGUCCCCCUUGGUGGUGGGGGGCAAUAUGGAACUGGCGGGGGUGGUAUGGUGAUUAAUGAAAAAUGUACCGCUGAUCAACCACCCCCGCCACCACCGCCUCCCCAACGUGAUCCAUCAGAUCCAACGAUCAGCGCCAAGAAAUUACCGAAGAAAAGAAAAUUUGAUCCAUCAGAACUUGAGGAAAUGGAUAAGACAAGCAAUGUUACCGCAAAUGUUAAUAAUAUGAUUAUACGCGCCAAUAAUCAACCAAUCAGUUAUACAUCCUGUCAUCAGUCGUUGUCAUCAUCAUCAUCGUCAUCAAUUCAUUCAAAUACAAUGUCUUUGCAACAUCCUCAACGGCAACACUCGCCGAUUCAACAAGUACCUGUUCAAGAAUGCUUUCAGAUAACCUCAGGCCAGUCGGUGGUUGUUUUGCCUCCACAGAGUACAGCAGUGGAUUAUUCAUUACGUGAUGAAUCGCCACGUUCUCGUCCACGGCCACAUCCCGUCGGAAUUGAUCUCAGCGAGUGGUGCAAUCAUCGUGUGUUAGCAUUAAGAGAUUCACGUUAUUUUCCUGGUGUAAUACGUAGCGCGAGUCAUGGUGAAGUUCGGAUUGAAUUUGAUGGUGAAGGAAAAAUAGUGCAUUACAGUGAUGUAUUUGGCGUUGGCAAGUACGAUGUGAUAAGCGAUGCAAGCCCAUCAGUGGGCCAAGUGAAAAUAGAUACAAAAGUGUGCGUCAGAUGUCCAACGACAAAUUGUCACAUUGACGCAAUGACUAAUAUGUUUGUUAAAGGGACUGUGUGCAAAAUAUUAACAAGGCCAAAGGGUUUUGUUGUUAAAAUACCAAGGGACGACGAUCAAAGUGACAGUUUUAUUGUGAAACGUGCUGAUUUAAGAUUGGUGCAACCACCAUGGUGGGAUGAACUUGAAGAGGGAAUGGAAGACUGCGAAUCAUCGACUGAUUAUCGAAAUUCCUUGGAUGCUUCAGGGACGAUUUUACAAUUGCAUUCGCAUCAGCAAACGUCUCAUGUAUCGACACAUGGCGAUACGAGUAGUUAUUAUAGAACUACUGCUACAAGUCCACUUAUGCCGUUGACAAGUACACCGGUUCAUUCGGCAGCACUUAGUAAUGGGACUAGGCCGUAUGACGAUAUUGAGAGUGAAGAUGAUUUAGAUCGAGAAGAUAUUGCAUUUCCGGAUGCAGAUGCAAAAUUGUCGGGAAGCAGUAAAAGAAGUAGCAUGCAAAGUCGAGGUAGUACUAGUAGUCUUGUUGAGCAACGAAGCAUAACUCCUCGUUCUCAAGCUGCUACACCCAGAUCUCAGGCGGCAACGCCACAUAAAUAUAAAAAGGGUGAUAUAGUAGUUACUCCAAGUGGAAUUAAGAAAAAAUACAAUGGCAAGCAGUGGAGAAGGCUCUGUUCGAAAGAAGGAUGUUCCAAGGAGAGCCAACGACGAGGUUACUGCUCUCGUCAUCUUAGUCUAAAAGGGUCCGGCCUUAGAGGACCAACAAAUACCUUUCCUGGGGGAAGAGUUGACGGAGAAGAAACUUCAAGAGAUUCAGAAACAUCACCAAAUUAUGGAGACAGAAGAAUAGCUGGCAGAUUUGAUCAAGACGAAACUGAAGCUGCUAAUAUGCUCGUAUCCUUAGGAAGUUCGAGAUCAGCGACUCCAGCGUUCUCGUCGCCAACGGGUCAAUCAUCAAUAUCACCGUGCAUAAAUCAAUCUCCGGUACCGGCAUUGGGCCUGAAUCAGAACAAUGUUUUUAUGCCAAUCUCGAGUCCGGCACAUCAUGUGACACCAUUAAUAUCCCCCAGUGCAAAAUGGAAACAUUCGCCAACACAGUCAAAUUUUUUGGUGCAAUACCAGCAACAGGUGAUAAAGCCGGAACCAAAUCGAAUGGUGAGACCAAAUAGACCGGCACCGACUGCUCCAGCCCCAGCUAGUAUAGGAACCAGUGUUAUAAGAAUCUCCCCAGUUGGACGUGGAAUGCCCAAUCAGAAUUUAUCGCUCUCAUGGUCAGAGCAAAGUCCACCGCCGAGACAUCCUUCGGUUGUCACGUCAAUUGCUCAACAACAUCAACAACAACAACAUCAACAACAACAACAGCAGCAACAUCAACAACAGCAACAACAUCAACAACAGCAACAUCAGCAGCAUCAACAACAGCAACACCAACAACAUCAGCAUCAACAGCAUCAGCAGCAACAACAACACCAACAACAACAAGGCAUAAUACUACAACAAGCACUGACUUCAAAUAAUGGAUUUCCGACACAUUCCGACAUUUCCGAACAGCAAAAUCAAUUAUUAAAACAGCCACAUUCGCCUCAUGUUCCAUUGACGGCACCUCCACCACAAACUCCAUUAACUCAUUUACAUAAAACUCAAGAACAACCCGUUGAUUAUGCUCAACCUCAAACACAAUCACAAUCACUCUACGUAAUGCAGCAACAUGAAAAAAAGUAUUUUGUUAUAAAAAAUAGUAUGGAAGUUGCGUCACCAGUGCACGUUGUCAAUCAAGAUGAAAAAUAUCGUCAUUCUUUAAUUAAUCCAAUUGGCUCUCUUCCAUCGUUACAUCAAAUCCAGUGUCAACCACCACCACAAUCGCCAGCGGCGGCUCCAUCAUCCGUUCAUGAGAAAAUGUCAGUUGUACAACAGACGAAUAAAAUAAUUCCUCACAUACCUGUUCAUACGGAUAUACAAAGGAUUCAACCUCCACCAGCGAAUGUUGUUAUAGCAGCAACUACAACGGCGCCUGUUACAAAUAUUUCCACUCCAACAAGUGUCUAUCAACAAGUCAUUGUACAACCAACACCUCAUUUAAUUCAAGUACCCAAAAGUGUUUGUCAACUUCCACGUGAGGAAAGCACAAAGAAUAAUGGAGUUUUAUAUGGCAGCCAUGAUGUUACUUCUGCAUACCAGCCCCAUCCCCCAACAUUUCUCAACAGUGCAGGACGCAAUUGGAAAAAAGCUUUUUCCUGGCAGACAGUAUUGGAUCAACCAGAAGUGAGUCCACCUCCAUCGACAUUAAGUCCACCAUUGAGUGCACCGCCAAUUCCAAUGACAAUUGGCAAUCCUCCUGAAGAUGGUCCUGGACCAGAACCAAUAACCCCAGCUGAGGAAGAAGAUGACGAUGUUUUUGAGCCCACGCCCAUUACACCAUCGGAAAUCGAGGCUAAUGCCAAUAAACGUCGUAGUCAAUCCCUCAGCUCUUUGCAUAAUAAAGAACCACAGAGUCCGCUCAAGACAAAAGACCGAAUUCGUAGGCCAAUGAAUGCAUUUAUGAUAUUCUCGAAACGUCAUCGGGCAGUAGUACAUCAAAGGCAUCCAAAUCAGGAUAAUCGUACGGUAUCGAAAAUCCUUGGCGAAUGGUGGUACGCAUUGGGUCCAGAGGAGAAACAAAAAUAUCACAAUCUCGCCUCAGAAGUAAAGGAAGCACAUUUUAAAGCGCAUCCCGAAUGGAAAUGGUGUAGUAAAGAUAGACGAAAAUCAUCGACAACAAGUUUUAAGGGUGGUGAUCAAAGAGGAAAAUUAAAUAGUACCGGUGAAGAAACAGAUGCUGGACCACCAUCCGAUGAUGUUCCAUUAACACCAAGAGCAAAUGAUGAUGUCACAAUGCCUGUUAAUUCUAUCUACAACGAAAAUCCAACAGUUGAAGUCAGCCAGUCGUACAGUACUCAUCGAAUACCAGAAGCAACGUUACAUGUUGAAAGUACAGAAUUAGAAACAAAACAGGAGGAAGAGGCAAACGCCUCUGACGAUGAUCAAAUGGUUAUUUGUGAAGAUCCUCAACCGGAAAUAGAUUUAAAAUGUAAGGAUAAAUUAAUUGACAGCGACAAUGAGGGACAGGAUGAUGAUCCUGAGAAAAAAAUGCAAAUUUAUUCAACAGGUGGACAAAAAUCGGAUGCUGUCAAAACGGACAUUACUUGUAGGCCAAAACCAAUCAAAGCACGUCUACCGUCAACGAGCAUAGAAACAACAGCUAAAUAUCAUCAUGCUUCUUUGGACAAGGGUGGCACAGUUUCCGUUUUAUCGACCACAUAUCCUUAUCACAGUCCCGUCAAUCCCACAGGAGUGUCAGGCUUUCAACCAACUGGAGGAGCUUUCAUCACCAUGCCCGUAUCGCCCAAAGUCAUCAAACCGGAAGCCGUGAAAAGCGAACAACAAUACAGCACACAAUACACUGUCAACAAUCUUGUUGCCAAUGUCCAUCCUGAAAAUGGAAGAAACAAAUUCACAGCUGCACCAGUAUUACAUUCUAUUGGAUCGAAACCCAUGAUGGCUCUGUUAAAACAACAGCAGCCAUUACAACCUUUAGGCACUGUUCAUCGACAACCAAUUACAACAACAACUUAUCCAUCGUCACUCACUUUAACAUUGGUUGAUCAUGAUCAACUUGUGACUGUUUCUAAACCUCAACAGACUGCACAAUAUAUUGGGCCAGCUGGACCUCAUUCACGAAUGUAUUGCGGAUUUCAAAUACCAAUUUCCGAUGCCAGUGGACGUAACAUAUCUGUACAAAAUCUAAUUCCCGGUAAAGUAGAAUCCCAUGGUGUUAUUGUUAGUAAAUCAUAUCCUGUUUCAACAUCAAAUCCCAGUACUCCAAGUUAUCGAGGAAUAGGUCAUUCAAUCGCUAGACUCGCAGAACCCGAGAAAAAUGAAAAUCACAAUCAAACGUAUGUAAAUAACAUUAAAGAGCAAGAGAGAAAAGAUACUGUGAACAAUUUGAUGAUUAUCGAGAAACAAAAACCACCAUCAACGCCUCAUACACCCCAUACUCCUCAUAGCAAUUCCGGAAGUGGUGGUGAUCAUUCGUCUAAUAAAUCGUAUACUGUAGAUGAAACAAUGGGUUCUGCUAAUGAUGUUGCUACCAAUAAAGGAACUUUUAUGUUAGCGCCCACACCUGCACAACUUGGUCGAGCACCUUUACAAAGGAGACAAUCAAUGGCAAUGCCUCCCACAUCAAAUGCAGGAGAUCAUGGGCCUCUAACGUCUCAACGUUCAGACAAUAGAUCACUUAAUAGUUCGUCCCAAAAUACGGAGCAAAUUUUACAACAAAAUUUGUCAGAAUCUCUCGCAUCGCCUUCACCUUCAACAAAAAAAGGUUCUUUCUUCAAGAAAAACUUCGAAGACGGCAUGGAUAGGGUCCUUGAGCAAGUCAAUUUCCAAGAAAAAUUUUCAUCAUUACCGGAAUUUAAACCGGAAGAUAUCCAAAGUCCUAGUGCAAUUAGCUUGAACGCAUCGGCCGGAACAUCGGCUCAUGGCCCCGUCACUGCAAAUUUACAUUCUUCCAAUAUCGCCUCAUCCUUGCAAAGUUAUCGCAAAAAAUCUAUAUCAGGAUCUCAUCGUGCUUCAAUUAACGAGGAAGAAAUGGAAUCCGAUGUGCCAGUUUCAGCGACAUCAAAAUCAACAACAAAUGUAAAAUUAACUGGCAAUACCUUCUUUGGACCGGAUUUCAAUGUUGAUGCUUAUAGAGCUAGUACGGAUAUUUUGGGUGAUGUUGAUGCAACAUCACCGCGAACACCAAAAACACCGGGCGGAGGUGUAGGUGGAAAUACAAAUGUUGGUGUCAAUAGAAGUGAUAAUGAACGUGGUCAUAGGAAAAUUUUAGAGCAACGACGACAACUUGUUAUGCAAUUGUUUCAAGAAAAUGGUUAUUUUCCAUCAACGCAAGCUACCUCUGCAUUUCAGGCGAAACAUUCGGAUAUUUUUCCAAGUAAAACAAGUUUGCAAUUAAAAAUUCGUGAAGUUAGACAAAAACUUAAAUCUAAUUCAACUCCAAUGAGCGCCAAUAGUCUUGUGAGUCCUCUGCCCACUUCUGAACCAUCACCUAAUAUUUCUGGUCCCUUGACUGCUCCUCCCACAUCAAUGGGAGCUCCCCAAUCACUGCCUGUAAGCAGCAGUGGUAGCUAGCACCCACGAGUCAACUGUGAUACUUUGCAUCCCCUAAUUCCUAAACAUGAAUACAUCAUUAUCCUCUGAAAAGGAUGCUGCUGUUUCGUCUUGGUAAAAAAAAAAAGAAUUGUUAAUGUACAGUUUCCUUUGGAUAAACUGUAAGGCUUCAGUGCAAUUUGAAAUCUUGAUCUAAUGUGUUGUAUAGGUAAAUUUACAAGCGUGCUAACAUACAAACGUCAGUUAUAUUCAAAGAACAAACUUAAAUAUAUUAUAUAUAAAUAUUAUAUAGUAAUUUCUCAACAAUGAUAAGCGAAUGCACAAAAAAAAAGAAAGAAAUUAAAUUUCUUGACCUCAAUAAACCUUCGAUAGGUGUGAGUUCUUUAUCUCCAAAUAAUCGAAGACAAUACGAAUCUCUAUUCUAAAUUCAAAGACAGUCUCUCUCUCCCUCUCUAUAUGUCUCUCUCUCUCUCUUUUUCUCUCUAUUAAAAAAAAAGAGAACUUGAAUUUAUUUUGGUACGAGACUGUGUAGAAUAAAUUAUAAUAUUAUUAUAGAAGCUGAUCGUUGUAGAUUGGCACGCUUAAGCCUAAGCCAUUGUUAAAUGUUGUUGAAAAUACUAUGAUGACAAGGAAACUGAGGGAGAGAGAAAAAAAAACAGAGUGCAUGUAUGCGUGAGAAAUGAAUCGGAGAACUAUUAGAAUUAUAUAACAAGAAAUUAUAAAAAUCAGAGUUUAUAUACUUUAGUUAUACUUCAAUAAUAUUACUAUAUAGUUGAAAAAGAAAAGCUCUAUGGAUUGAAGGAUAAAAAAAAAACAACUGCAUUAACCAUAGCACAAAAAAAAAGUUAUGUAUCCGCAAAAACAUAAUAUUUAUUCUAUCGUGUAAAACACUGUGGCAAGUCUUGAAAAAAAAAGAGAGAACGAAAAAUUUCCGAAAGAGUUAAAAAAAAAAAAAAGGUCUAUUAUUAUACCCGCGGUCUUGAAUUCAAGACUAUGCGCGGUGUGUUUUUUGGUGAUUUCUAGAUUAUAUCAUAUAAAGAAUGAAAAGCAAAAAAUAAAAAAAAAAAAAAAAAGAACGUGCCAUUGUGCGGCGACAAAAAAAAAUGCGAUCGUUGCAUUUUCCCUUGUUAGUAAUAAAUUAACUGUUAGACGCUACUCGGGAUAUAUAGUUAAUCUGUAAAAUGUUUCUUGAAAGUACUUAUCAACUGUUUUUAAAGCCUUGCUCAAAUUCAACACAUUUUUUUCAUGAUCUUUUUUUUUCAUGAUUUUUUAUCAAUCGAUUUUGUUUUGUUCAAAUGUAUUUUUGUUUUUUGAUUCUUCAAACAGUUUUUGAAUUUUCAAACAUACUUUUAUGAUCUCGAUUUGUAAACAUAAUUUUUAUGUUCUCGGUUUUUCUUUUCAUCUGUAUUUUUUUCAACCAUAUGUUCUAUUUUUCAACAUAUUUAUUUCUGUGGCAAUAGAUUUUUUAUUUUUUUCAAAAUAUUUUUUAUAAAUUAGGACUUGUUUUUCAAUGCAUUUUUGAUUGUUUUAUUUUAACAGAAAUUUUUUUUUUUAAUGAAAAUAAAUUUUAAAUAUUAUUUAUUAAUAAUAUUUUUUAUUGUUAAUGUAACUUUCUACUGUUUACAUACUACUAUAUUGUUAUUAAUUAUCUAUAUCUUUAUUACCAUCAAUUUUUACAACAAUGUUAACAAAACGUUUUUGAAAUGAUAAUUUUUGAUAUUAACUUUCAAUAUUUUCUACUUCGAAAUACUUAUUAUAAACAAAAAACGAGGUUUUUUCUUUUUUUUUGGUAAAACUUUUAUCGUUAUAGUGUAAAAUAUUUUUAUUCGAGUUAUAAAUAUUAUUUUCCUUGAAAGGAAAUUUAAAGAUUUUUUUUUUUAUAAAUCGUAAUUUUAAAAAAAUACAUUUUCAGAAAUAAAUUUUAUUUUAUUUCACAAAAAGAAGAGAAAAUAACGUGUUAUUGUGCUGAACGUUAGUUAUGUUUUUUUUCCUUUACCAGAAAAUUACGUUUUUACAAUUUUACAUUUUUUAUGAAAUUUUUAUUUUUAUUUCUAUCUUUUACGUUAUUUUUAUUGUUUUUUUUUUGAGGGGGGAGUGAUUGAAGCUAAUGUGUUGAAUCUGAACGAGGAUUGUUGAAUUUGGCUGUAAAAUAGGGGAUGUAAAUUAACAAGAACUUGGCGAAAGCGCACUUUAAAAGAAUUUUUUUUAGGGUUUCGCGCCACAGCACGCAUUACCUUAUUAUUAGUUAGGAUAGAUUUCUUCGAUAUAUUUUGUAAAUAGAUGCGUACGGUACAUUAAUUGAAUUAUUAUUAUUAUUAUUAUUUUAUUAUUAUUAUUAUUAUUAUUAUAUUAUUAUAUUAUUAUUAUAUUAUUAUUAUUAUUAUAAAAAGAAAAAAUCGUAGAUUGUAAAUUUGAAGUAGACAAAUUAUGGUAGCGUUACAAUCCAUAAUGUAACGACAUGAAUAUAUAAGAAAGGCAGGAUUAGGGUAGUUUAAAAAAAAAACUAUGAUAGAAUAAUGGGCCUUGAUACGUCGACAGACUUUUGUGCUCUGGACGGUUCCCCCUUAACCCUCCUCCAAAGUUGCCCUUUUUUUCUAAAGUGUUAAAUCACUUUUAAUUGUACAUAAAAAAAAAUACUACAUAUUAUUCUCAGAUAACUCAUCAUGUUAUAGUUCUUUUGUGAGGCGUUUUUAAUGUAAAGGUGGCAACAAUCAUGUUUUGCUCGUAUAGAAGGGACGCUUAUUUCUCGCCUUUUUUUUCUCUUUUUAAGAAGACAAUUUUUUUGAUAAAAAAAAAUUCAAUCUUUUUAUUUUUCGAUUGAUAAUAGGUAAUUUUUUAAAAAAUUUUAUUGAGCUUUUUAUUAAAAUGAAAGAAAUUAUUUUGUUUCUUUUAUUAAUUUAAUUAGUAAAAUUUUUAAUAUGUUGAAUUUUUCUCAAACAUUUUUUUUUUUAAUCGAAUAAAUCUAAAUAAUUGUAUUUACACAUUUUUUUUUAAAUUGUUCUUGCAUAUAAUUGUCUUCGAUGAGAAAUAUUUAAUGAACUGAAACAGGGAUAAAAGCGUCCUUCGCGAUUGCCCCCGCUCAAAGAAACGAUAAAAUUACUAUAUUUUGUACUUGUGUAAGCGUGUAAGCUACUUUCCAGUAUUGAUAAGAUUUUUGAGAAGGCUUUGAUACUUUUCAAUUUUUUUUUUCUUUUCUUUUCUUUAACAAGGUGAUUAAAUGUGUUCCAUGAUUUAGCAGCCAUGCAAGUGACUGUGAUCUAGAAAAAAAAACAGAAGUAAAGUAAAGUGGCGGCUAUGACACUGACAAUUUUUUCACCACAACUUAUCUUCCUGUCCUGAUAAUUUUUUUGUUUUGAAAUAUUUUUUUUCUUCUUCUUCGAGCUUUACAUAUAUCUAGCUGACUUCCAAGCUAUAUUUCUUAAUCAACUCACUUUUAAAAUGCGAAAACCGCUGAUAAAAAAAAAAUGAAAGAAAGAAACUGUAUAGGAAAAGAAUCAGUUCUCUGAGAGAAAACUUAUUAUGAAUCUAAAUCGGAUUAUCAUAUCUGUACGAUACUAUUAGUUGCUAUUAUCGAUUGUAACAAUUAUUAUUAUUCUAUUGUCCCUUGUUUAAUUUUGAAAUAUUUUUAAAAACUGUUAUAUAAAUAUUAUAUAUAUCGAUCGAAUAUAAUGUUAUGCAAUUAUAACAAGCAUACGAAAAAAAAAAAUAAUGUCACGUGUAGAAGUGCUAAAAGUCUCUCUAUAGAUAUAUAAUAUAUAUUAUACAGUAAAGACGUCUUUUUUGGUCAUAUCUCACGAUACAUGAUUAUAUAAAUAUAUAUUAUACAAUUAUAUAGAAAAUCUUUUGUUUAAUUUUUUUUUUUUUUUUGAAUAAUCGUGUAUCAAUAUUAUUGAAAUUUUUCAGUAUGGAAUGAAAAAAAAAAUCUGUUUUAAAUUAUCAAUGACUAAAGUUAAAACGUUCUUAUUGUAUAUUUAUAUAUUCAACGUACAUCUGUGCAGUAAAAUCCAUCUGUAUAUAUUAUAAUAUAUUUGACAGAAUACGAUUAUGCAGGUAAAAAUACGCGCAUACGUAAACAAUAAAUCAUUAUAUAGAAAAUAUGAAAAUUAUGAUACUCUGAAAAAAAUGUGUCGACAUGUACAUAUAAGGCCUAUUUUCCCAUAAUGUUCAACGCACUCUUUUUUUUUGUCAAAAUUCUUGUUUUCUCAAUUUAGAGAAACACUUGGAUUUUGUUUCCAUAUAUAUAUAUAUAUAUUAUAUAUAAAUAUUAUACUUUUUUGUUUUUGAAUGAGAGUUUUAAAAUUAAAAAAUAACACAAUAUGGAAAGAUGCCUCGAUAUGUAUAAAAUAUAUUUGACGUUUUAACAAAAAAUAUCAGGCAGAGGUAUUAAAAUCUUAACCAAUCCGAUGAAUUCCGUAAAAUCGACCGCAUUGUUUCCGACGAAGUACGAAUUUUAGAGAAUAGAGUUAUGAAGAAUGUGCAUUUUCUUUGCUCAAUCGAAUAGAAUUCUAAAAAAAAGAAAUUCUAUUAUUGUUAUAUAUCAGUCAAUUGAUAUUGACUUUUAAAAAAUUAUUAAAAAAAUUCAGUUUUCUGAAAAGAUAAUGUUUUUCUUUUUAAUAUAAAAAUUUUAAUUUCUACAAGUAAAUUUAAACAAGCUCUUUUUUAGAAUUCUAUUCAAAGAACAAACCGGAUUUUUCAUAGGGGAAACUCGAGAAUUCUCUUUUGUUUCCGGUUUUGAAAAUCUCGUCGAGUUUGUAAAUAAUAUGUAAAUAAAAAGUUAUUCAACCUUUUGAAAAAAAACCAACAUUUUCGCAAUACUAAAAACUGAUUAUUUUUAUUUAAAAAAAAAAUGACAACACAUAAUUAUAAUAAUAGUAAAAUUAUUUUUUUUUCAGAAAUAUUUUGAAUUUAAAAGGAAAUUAAAGUUGAAAAUUACAUUUUAUUAUUCAAUUUGAAAAUUUAGCUAAUGUAAAAAAUUAAAUGUAAAAUGUUUAAUUCUUUUAAAUUAAAUAUUUUAAUAUUUAGCUAAUUUAAUGUUAUAAUUAAAAAUUUUAUAUUUGAAACGAUAAACGAUUUUUUAAUAAAUUGAAAUUAAUUAAUUUUUACAGAAAACUCUCUCUAAAAGAAUAACAGACGAGUUUUUUCAUAAAAUAAAAAAAUCCGGUUUUUGGUACAAAUUAAUGUUUCGGACUUUGAAAAAAAUCCUAUAAAAUUAUUUAUUGAUUAUUGAUAAAGAGGUUGACGCUUGAUGUAGAAAGGGUAAAAAAAACUACUUUUGGAAGUACAAAAAUUUUAAAAAGAAGUUAGUAAAAAAAAUAAAUAAAAAACUUUGUCUCGGAACAGGAUGUUCUUUGCGGAAGUAAAUAUCUCGUGCCUCUUAUUUGCCACAAAGUGCUUGAUAUUGCAGUCGAACGACAAUCUCCAUUCAUUCGGAGUAAAUAUUUGUUAAAAAAAAAAAAUUCUAAUUUGAGUACGAUAGCGACUAAACAGCGAUGAUUUAAUUGAUCCGAUCAUGUACAUAAAAAAAAAUACACACCAUUAUAUUUCUCUUCGAAAUUACAUAGUUCAUUCAUUUAACGCGAAGGAAUUGAAAGGGAAUAUGAACUGUAUUGUAAGUCUCAAAAAGUCAAUUUUAAAAGGGGAUUACCAAAUUUUUCAAUAUUUUAUUAAUGAAAAAUACAAUAAAAUAGUUUUUAAAAAUUAAAAUUCUAACAAAAUUUAUAUUUUAUGUAAAAAAAAAAUUUUUAAUUUGUUUUUUAUCUUUGAAAUUUAUAAUUAACUUAAUUUUUAAAUUAAUUAAAGUAAUUUAUUGUUUUUAAUGGAUUUCCCCUUUUAAAACAAUAAAAAAAACAUAUUUAUUAAUUAUUUAAACUGAUCGAUUGUUAAAUUGCAUUUGUUAAGCUUGACGGGACCAUCAAUUAUUUUUAAAAUUUAAAAAUGAAUUAAUUGUUAAAUUAAAAAUGAAGAAACUAGUAAGAGAUUUUAUUUUCUUUUUUUUCUUAAUCACAAAUUGUACUUAACAAGCGAAAAAUUUAGAAAGGAAUGGCAUUGUAAUAAUAAAAAAAAAAGAAGAGAGACCUGUUCGCCUUUCAAUAAUUGUAAAAGUUUGUAGCUUCCUCCUCAUCCACUUCGCUGUUAAUUAAGUCUUACCGGCCUCUUUUUCUCUUUAAAUUCAACGAGAGAUUAAAAUGCGAAAAGCCUUUCAGUGUUUGAUAAAAUAUUAAUUUUUAAUACAAGAUGCUAUAAAUUUUAUAUAUAAUAAUAAAAAAAAGAAAAACAUUUAGAAGGUUCUAAAUUUAGAAAUUAGAAUUUAAUUUAGAAAUGAAGAAUAUAAACGGAAAAAAUGAAUUCGAGACACAAUAUUUUCGCAUUUAAAUCUCUAGUUUGAAAAAAAAAUUAAUCGUGAUUGGUAGGUUUUAACUCCAAUGUCCAGACAAAAAAAAAUUAAUGAAAAAAAAAACCAGUUCGUCGGACCAAAUUUGUUUCUGGCGCACGCAGAUGUUCUAGUUUUUGAAUAUUAUGACAUCAUGUCAAAAUGUAUGUUUGGAGAGAAAUUAAUCAGUGACAAUUUAUCCAAUGAUAUCACACGCUUUUUGAUCUCAAUUUCAAAAUUUUUUUAAAAAACCUCAUUAAAUAAUUUAAUUGAUUUCUAAUUUAAUUUAAAAAUGACAAAAAAAUUGAAAAUUUAUCAUUUUAUUUAUGAAUAUUUUUGAUAAUUAUGAAAAUUUCUUUCUUUAUUCGAGAUUCGAAGCCUGUGAUAUCAAUUUUGUAUAACAGAAGGCAAGAGUGCACUAUAAUUUUAUAUAUGAAAAAAAAAAUUGUAGAAAAAAUUAUAGAAAAUUUUUAUUUAUAAGUGUAUAAAAAGAAAAUAUUAAAUGUGUCCAUGUUUUUGAAAAAAAAAAAAUGAUUAGCAAGAAGUAGAAUUUAAGGGAGAAUGAGUUUAUUAUUAAAAAAGAGGACUGAAGUGCUUUUUCUAAAAGUAGAACCUUGUUAAAUCGAAUUUUAACGGGAGUGUUUUAAAAAUGUAGUUUGAACAAAUUUGUUAAAAGGAAGGGAACAAAAAAAAAAUUUUUUUUUCUUUGACUUAUCAAGAUUCUACUUGUAAAUAAAAUUAUUUUUAAAAUAGCCAAAUGUUAUCGAAAAAAAAAAUGAUUAACAAAAUAGUUUAAUUUAUGAGAAAAUUCUGCUUCUUGGAUCAUUAGUAAGAAAGUACUUUUCAAACUUAUUAAUUUAACAAAAAAGGAAGAUUUUUUUUUUUCCGUGAAUAUGUAUAAGGAUUAAGCACUCAACUUUUUGGUAUAAAAAUAUUAACAAAAAUGUCUAUUUAUGAACGACAUGGGAUAGAAAGAAAGUCAAUACGUAAUUCUUCCAUUGUGUCUGACUGAAUGAUUUAGUUGAAAUUGUUUCUUUUCCUUCGUUUUAAAAAAAAAAGUGUACAUUCGAAAUGGGUAUUCGAGUAUGCUGUACAAUUAUUUUACAAAAAAAAAAAAAGAAAAAAAGAAAAAAAAUGUAAAGGAGGCAAAAUAUAUUCAAUGUUCGAGGACAUCA